CUCUUGAACCAAACUCCACGGAGAUUCGGACUUCAUUGUGAUGGGAAGUGACUCGGUGCGUUCACAAAUUUGGGAUGUCGGACACCUAUCACUCGGGCGGUGUUAUGGUGGCAUAUGCCAAUUACCCCGAGAUAUAAAACGAAGCCAUUGCGUUCACCAUCGUACAGUACGCCCUCCACUAUCAGCCCACCCGCUUGCUUUGACCGAGGUACUGCGUAUCGUCUGAUUGGCACAUCUCUCAGUACCUCCCUGCAUACUCUUCACCCUCUACCAGUCUUCGAUCACUGCUAUACGCUCAUGCCGUCCAGCACGUCGUCCCACCAGAUCGACCUUUACAGGUCUGCGCGAGACCUGCCCCAGGAGUUUGGGCUGCGUUCCACGAUAACCCUAGGAACUCAAACGUUAUGUUGCCCUACGCGAAGAAGGCACGACACAACCCGAUCUUUAUGGUUCGCUGGCUCGAACAUCUGGCUUGUCUGUUCGACGUUGGGUCCGAGUUCUUUCACCGCCUCCGUCGAUUUCGUGCUUUCGUGUACCGAAGGACCACUCGGAUCGUAUCCGCUGUUCAUCUACACGCCUAUCCCUUUCACCCAACUCGACCCUCGCCAUUACAUCCCCAGGCUCCGGAGUCUCGUUCAUAGUCUACAACAAGCGGUGCCUUCAGAGCGAGUCUUUUCCAUCUUUGCCCUCGAAGACAUCGCCCGGGCGUUUGCUUCUCUGUGGACAAAGGCGACGGGAGUCAAAUUGGAGCGGGACCCGGAGUACUACGCGGCAAAACUUACGUACUGCACGAGGGCCACUCUGCAAGCGGGACAACUCGCUCCGCUUCGCGACGUCUCUUACGACUUGAGGCCCGCCCGCGAGAGCGAUUUACUACACGUAGCUGAGCUUUGCUGCGGCUUCGCGGUGACGUCCGAGCCGUUCACAUUGUCCAUGAGCAGAGCCGCGAUGGAGGCGAAGCUGCUCAUCCAAAACGGACAGGUGUGGGUGCACGAGAUAUGUGCGCGCGGGCAGCGUCCGGAGAUGCGUCCAUAGUCGCAGUCACGCGGACCAGCGAAACGGUCGCGGGGUCACGAAGGUGUUCACGAACCCCCGGUGGAGGCAACGGGGGUGCGCGGAACGUCUCGUACGGCAUGUCUGUCAACAGUACGUGCAUCUUGAUUGUUCGCAUUGCUUGCAACAUGCUCACGCAUCUCAUAGACUCCUUCAAACGAAGGAGAGCGUUGUUCUCUAUGUGGCACACGACAACCCCACUGCUGCAAAGGUGUACCACAGAGUGGGGUUUGUUGGCUUAUCUGAAGACGGUGCACCCGUCGAAGGGGUCGAUCCUUGGCUGGAGCUUGGGUUGACCAAGAAAAGGUUGAUCUCGGCCACUGG